CCGGAAGUGCCGCGGUUCCGGAGCGGUGGCCGGGCGGCGAUGGCAGCGGGCCGGCAGCGGUGCGGCGGGCCGGCGGGCCCCUUCGCCUCCCGGCGCGGCGGCGCGGGCUGAGGGGAGCGGGCCGCCUGCUGUCGCCCUCCCGCUCCCUCCUUCUCCGUUGGAGGAAGGUGCAGAGCAUGGAGAAUGAUGAACUUCCGCCAGAGGAUGGGAUGGAUUGGUGUGGGGUUGUACUUGUUAGCAAGUGCUGCAGCUUUUUAUUACGUCUUUGAAAUCAAUGAGACUUACAACAAACUAGCACUGGAGCACAUUCAGCAACACCCCAAGGAACCACAGGAAGGAACCACAUGGACGCACUCCUUAAAAGUACGACUGCUGUCCUUGCCUUUUUGGCUGUGGACUAUAAUAUUUUUAAUACCAUAUUUACAGAUGUUCUUGUUCCUCUAUUCCUGUACAAGAGCUGACCCCAAAACUGUUGGGUAUUGCAUCAUUCCUAUCUGCUUGGCUGUUAUUUGCAAUCGUCAUCAAACAUUUGUGAAGGCCUCAAAUCAGAUCAGUAGAUUACAACUGAUUGACACUUAGCUCAAUUUCUACUUUCCGUAGCUGUUUUGAAGCAAUUGCAUAUGCCUGAUCUAAUCACAAGACUGAAGUUCUGAGUGAAGGCUGGAAAAAGCCUUUUCUUUCAAACUGUUAAGCAAUGAAAAGAGUGACUGUUUUCUAUUUAAAAAAAAAAAAAAAAAGUAACUACAAAGGUUUUUAAAUAUGGGUCUAUCAGAAUGGCCAGAGUGGGAGAGCCCUACGUGACACUUGAUGGAAGUAUUCCUCAUUUUGCCUUAAUGAUGCAAAAUUGCAACACUCCAUCUGAAACGUCCUGUGGGGAAAUAAGUUUCUGGUCCAUGACUUUACUCCUCUGUGCAAAAAAAGUGAUUUCCUAUGCUUUCCCUUGGAGUAAAAUCAAUGAAAAGAUACUUCUUCUGUGGUAAAUGUAAAAGGAAAAAAAAAAAUCAGAACAUGAUUAUAAAAGUUGCACUUAACACAAUUCUUUGCUUUUUUUUUUUAAGUAAUUGGUAUCUACAUCAGUGCUGGUUUUUAAUGAAUUUUUAAAAAAUAAGUUUAGAUACAAAUACAGGAAGCAAAGAAUAAAGUUUCUGCGAACCUUUAAAGGGAAAAAGGUACUUUUUUUUUCUGUGGUAGCAUACUUUUUUUUCAGUGACCACAACAGUACCAUGUUGUAGUAGGUAGGCAGUGAGGAGUGGCAUAGACCUGGAGGUUGGUGCUUUAAAUUCUUUUCCUACAAUGUCAGAAGCAGCUUAUGCUGGUGUUGGCCCAUACUUUGCACAAAACUUCAUUUGUGUUUCCUUCUCCUAUCUAUAGAAAUCUCCUUUGAUAAAAUUACAAGUGACUGGAAUUUACUACCAUUCUAAUUUCACUCUGGACAUGAUGCAAAACUGUGUUCUGGGAGCACUGAUGCAUUAGGGAAAACUGAAUUUGGGAAAGUUAACUGGUAUUAGGUUGGGGGGAUGCUACAAACAGGUUGUAAGACAAAUAACCUUGUUUCUUCCAGAAAUUUGAAGAAGUAGGAUACCUUCUUCUCAUUCUUGCAAUGAAUGCAAAUAUCUUCAGUCAUACUGAAAUUCCACUGAGAUUUCUUACCAUAGUUUAAACCUCUGUUUUUCAGUGCUAUUUUGGCAUAGCAUUUAAUUCUAACUACUGGAUUGUGUAUUUUGAAUAAUAUCAAAUCUUUUCUUUCUUCUUGUCCUUCUUUGUUUCUUCUUAGAAUAACUAAGUUUUUGAGGCAGCCAUGAUGGAAGAAGUAACCUUCCAAAUGUGAAAACAGUGCAAAAUACACUCUUCAAAAGCAGUAGGCCCAAAACAAUUAUGAACUAAACUCCUCGAUUAUAAUGGCAAUUGUAUGUGAUUGUCAGUACCUAAUCGUCACAAAUGCAAAUCCAUUUCUGACUACUUUAAGGAAUCCGGAGAAUAUCAGCUUUCUCUUACUUUGGAAAGAGAACACUAUUUUCAGCGUUGCUAUGUUUAAGCAUGGCAGUUAGAACACCUUAAACUUUCUGUUUGCAUUUGGAGAUAUUUUGAGACACUGGUUUCAAGUGCCAGCAUGGGUGCAAGGACCUGAAAACAAUGUAGCCUUUACAAAAGGUUUUAAGUUCUAAGUGCAAUAUAAAAAGGAGGAAGCUGCCAUCUUAAUAUGCUGGAGUAAGAAUAAACUCUGACUUGUGGUGUCUUUGGGAGUCAGAGCUUUUAAGUUGUGUUGUUUCCUAACUUUAAAAAUCACCAUCCUAUUUAUCUAUAAAAUAAAAACUUUUCAAUGUUUAUAAAUAGAAGUCUGUUAAUGCACCUACAUAUCAAUGGCUUUUUUUUGUGUGUGUGUGUGUAUGUUGCUAGAUAGCAAUGCUGGCAGUCAGCUGCUGUAGCUUACUCUCCUGUGCUUCUUCCCUCAGUGCAUAUGUUUGGCUGAUCUUUUUUCUUGUCCUUUUAUGCUUUGUGCCCUAAUUACUUGUCUGUGGCCUGAAGUUUUGGGGCUGGCUGGGUGAAACAAUCCCUUUGUCAUUUCUCUACCGUUGUGUAAUGGGGAUACCUCUGGCUGGACUAUGUUUUAAACUUGAUGCUCUAGUUUUUAAACUGAGCAGUUAUGUUGUGUCUCAAUGAAGUUAUUUGAAGAACCAUCACAUAAGAGGAAGCAUCAAAAAUAGAAAAUGAUAGGGAGAACUGCCUAAGUUUCUGUUGUGCAAGCAUGUGGCCUUUAGCAAAUUCAUCAGUGUGCCUGAUGUGAUGAGCCAAGCUGUCUGGAUGUGGAGCACAUGCUGGGUGCAGCAGUGACUUACAGAACAGAGGUUUGUGUUUGUAGACUUUUCCAUAGAAGCCUGGUUUUGGAUUAAAGCUGUCGACAAGCACGAGCUUUACAACUAACUACAGAAAGACACACAAUCUAAUUCAAGCAAAUGCUGUGUCUGUAAGGAUUUGAGCUUGAGGUGGAAAGAAGCAAUGGAGACAAUUAGUAUGAACUAUUAACAGUGCAUAGGAAUACUAGACAAUAGGAGUAGGAGUAGAGGAAAGCUAGCCCCACUGGUGCUUCCAGCAUUUUUGGCACCAGUGGAACAUCAACGGGUGAAGUCUGACCCACAGAGUAAGUAAAGGGAAGACUAUAAAAAUUAGUGAUUAAAUUGUUUUUUACUGUAGUCUUUCAAAAGUAGUGAAAUAACUUUAAGCUUGAUUAUCCUGAAGAUUUGUAGAUAGUGUCAAGGCUAAUUCUCAGUCACAGAAGAUAACUGCCUGUAACACAAAUUGAUGUAAACUACAAGCUUUUGGGAUAAUCAAGCUCAAAGAAGUUUUACAGCCUCUUUAAAGACUACAGUACUUCUCAAUUAGUUCUUGAUUGUAAAUGACAGAUAAUAGUGCAAAUCUGUUUCUACAGCAAUGGCAUUAAUAAAAGAUGCGAGACUAACUUAUACUAGAACUUGUUCAUACAAAUCUAUUUAGUUCUUUUCACUGAGUGGGCAGAAAGGAUGAAUUGCUACAACUUCCACUUAGGUGUGGGAGAGCUAUUUUUUACUCUUACUCUUUUAACUUAAAAUGAGUUAGCUCAGACCUGAUCUUGAUGAGCUUCCUAAAGCAGAAGCUGUAAUAAUAGAGGCAGUAAUGAAGUCCUUGGAAGACUGCUAACUUCUACCAGCUUAGCAAUCAUUUAGAGCUUUAAUUUUCUGCCAAGAAAGUAAGUAGCUGUAACACAGGGUUGAUUAAUAUUCAUCUCUGUGCCACCUACCUUGGAUUUCUUUUUAUUGUGUUUGUGCCACAAGAUAAAGCUUUGUUGGACUGCUUGAGCAUCAGUCUUGGGCAGUUUCCUUAGCUGCUUGACCUUCACCUGACAAUCCCUUCCGAUCUCAGGAAAACGUCUUCCGCAUUUUCUUAAGUGCUGCUGAGCCUGUUCUUCAGGGCCUCCCAUGGUAGUGCAGGUCCAAUGAAGAGCAUAACUUCAGGCUGCAGUCCUUCAAGCUUGGACAGAAGUAUGUUGCAAUAAAAUGUGUUCCUUAUGACAUGUUUCUUCCAGCAGUGAAGUAGAACUGCAAGCUUGAUUUCUUUUUUAAUUAAAAACAUGAGGAUUGACUUAUUCUUAAAACAAAACUUUACAGUUUGUGCAGGAUACCUAUUAACUCCCCUUAUUUUGUCUUGCCUGGUCCAUUGUCUUCUUAAAAGGAUGCCCUCUAGUUUGUUAUUCUAUUAGUUUCUAAAAUAUGCUGCUUUUCAUGUGCCAGUCUUGGAUAAGAACGCCCUUUUCUACGUAUGAACUAAUGCAUGAAAGCAGUUUAAUAACUUUAUCAGAUAGUUAAUUUGUAAGAACCGACUCAGCUCUCCUUAAAGCUAGCCCUAUGGUACAGGUUUCUUCUGGAAAGAAAGAACAUGCUACAGCCAGAAGAAGGUACUUCUGCUCAACUCUCAGUCCUCCAAGCCCAUGACUAGCCCAGUAAAUUUUGGCUAGUUGGCUGUGCACAAAACCAUGCUCCGCUGUUUACACUGCUGGGAGUUAACCUAGUUACCAUAUAUUAAGCCCUGUGAUGCAUUAUUAUGUCCUAACUGCCAGAUUACUGUGUAUUUUAGAAUCUGGUAUCUGCAGUAGCUUGUGUAUAAAUUAACUUUUAAGCUAGAAUGAGUAGGAAUUAUGCAAGGGCUGCAAUGGGUGAAUCGCAUUCAAACCCUUUUAAUGAAGAUGAUGAGAGUGAAUCUCCUACAAACUAGGAAAGGUCUUGCACUUUUAGACAAUGCCCUGAUUAUUGGGCAUAAUGUGAUUGCCCCCUUUGCCUCAGAACCAUCUAUGUGAGUGCUGAAUAAAUAUCAUGCUUGUGAUUUUAAACUUUUUUUUUAAAACACAGAACACUGCAACCUGUUAAAUGCCCUUGUGAAUUUAGCCUCAGAAGUCGUUCAUACCAGCAAAUUCAGUAUUUCAGAGCAGUAACAAUAGAGUAUGUCAUAUAAUCCCAGUCUACAUGAAGGAGACUUGCUUUGACAUUUUUGCCGUUCUGUUUUGCAGCUAGUUAAAGUAGUUGGUUCUCAUCUAAAUACUACCAAGAAUUUAAUUUUAGUAUUACUUCAGCUCUUAAUUCAAUAGAAACAUAGCAGCAUUCUCCCCCAUUAUCGGUAAGGAAUCCAUCUAGCCCCCUCUGGCUAGUAAAACUAAGUUCUGUUAGUAAGACAUACAGACUAUACUAACAGCAUAGAUGUGGUGAACUAGGCUUGUUCUGUGCCAGCCUGAAGUUUGGUUAAGGUACAAAAGCACUAGCAUAUCUCCGAGAUGAAGAUUAUGCCAUCUUUCUUCCAUCAAGGCUUAUCUAUUCUACCUAAAAUGCAGGGGCCACAGUUGACUGACUUACAGCAUGCAUAAAGCUUCAUCCUCUAGGACAGCUUUGUAAAAGUAAUUGCAGACAUUUGCUAUAUUCUCCACACAUAUAAACCUUAAGUUUUUCUGUCUUCAGAAAAUUUUGGAGCCUCUCCCACAGCCAUGGAAAUACCUGUGUGCUUCACUGACUUGGCUGCUUGGAAAAAGGGCACCACAACCAGUGAGCAACACCAGUUGGUUCUCUCUGUUGUCCCCUUUACCUUUUCCUAGUUGUUUGGCUAGAAGGACAGUACAGAAAGUGGGAGACUGCAGUCCUUCUGGGGGAGAAAGAGGCUCCCCAAAAGGGGUUCAGAACACAGCUGUAGGGUAGGUCCUAAACCAGAUAUGGAGCGGGGAAAGGGAAAAAACCAAACCCAUCACACUAAAGCUUUCUCUGCCUAGUUACCUUGCAGCAACUCUCAGAAAAAUGAAGUUCUCUGUUGAGUUAGGCCACUUGCAUCACAAGCAAAAAACUUACAGUUCAGAAUUACAUAAGGCCCCAUGAAGCUCCAGUCCCCUUUUCAUUGUUUAAAAGUUUUUGUGGCCAUAAUAAGGACUAGAAAUGAUUCUUUACAGGCAAAAACUUGAGUGGUGGUUGUUCUUGACCCAAUGCUAAUUGGUAUCUUCUGGAGCUCAGGUGCAGCAUGUUACUGCGUCCAAGCUGACAGAAAAAGGAAGUACCCCAUUGCUGGAGUAUUACCUGAAUUUACUGCCACACUAGCAAGUUAGGGUUUGUUGAUUUAGACCAUAGGUUUUCAGCCCGUCAUGUGCCAGUGGACUACUUACACAAAGUUUAUAUAUAAAGGCCGCAAAUUCAUGCCUGAUGUUAAAUGUUGCUUUUCAGCCAUCCCACAGUUCACACCAUUGUUGGGAGUGUUUAGGACUACAGUUGGGAGGGGGGAGAAAAAAAAAAGGAAAACACUGCUCUCAGAGGUAGCUCUACAAGCUUCCAAAGCUGCAGAACAGAGCUCAUAAAAGGCAUCAUCACUUUAGCACAGGUCACAUGAAGGAGCCCUUCUGAUACACUUAUCAGGCUAGGGUUUUUAUACUGGUGCCUUUGCCAUUUUGAUAAGCCACUUCCUGCAAUGCCACUUCCUUCAAUAAAUUAUCUAUCAUCUGCCCUAAAACACUUUAAGCAUUUUAUCACUUUGAGAUUUUGCAGCCUGACAAGAGAUCAGAAUGAAUUUGUGUAGUUUUCUCUCACCCUAGGUCCUCAGCAACUAAAGCUCCCUAGUCUUCAGUUGGUCUUUUCUCCUCAGUUAUUUCUGUCAUAUCUGCUAACAGAGUAAUGGGUGUGUGAAUUUCUUAGAAUAAGAGUACAUCAAGAUGUCCAAAAUAUGUUUACUGGAUCUCUUUUCCAACUCCCCUGCCCCCCAUUUCAAAUGAAUGCCGACAAUUUUGUGCUCAUAAAAAUUCAUCAUUUAUUCCGAUACUUUGUCCUCCACACACAAGUCUCAAGGUCUGCUCAGUUUCCGUAAUACAUAAGCAAACUAUGCCAGCAAAACACAUCAAAAUG